CCAAGGUUGGCGUCUCCUCCGAUAUUAAUGGAGUCUGGUUCCAGGCACCUGGAAUGAGCUGGCUGAGGACAGCCACAUGGCAUGUAUAUAUAUGAGCGCGAAGGUCCCUCUAUGUUGGCAAGUCUCAAGUCGCCGGCGGUUGUCAGCGUCGCACUCCUGUCCCAUCGAUUGGUCUUUUGGUUUGCGCCCUUGAGGCUCAGUGACCUGUCACCCUCCAAGCACGCGCCUCUUUGACACGAUCCGCGAAGAUGAAGUCCAGCGUCCAACUGGUGCUUAGCGCCGCUGCGGGCGUCACGGCUGCCACCGGCUGUGUGUUUCGUUGUUGUUUGGACCUGAAGAAUGCCACCGGCCUCGAGGGCAAGGUCUACUUCCCCGACUCGGAAGCCUACGAAGACCGCCUGGAGACGUAUUGGUCUGUCAGUGCCGCUUUGUCGCCGUGGUGCAUGGUACAGCCUUCCACGGCCGAAGAUGUUUCCGUGACGAUCAAGACUCUGGUGGCUGGCGACUGCCCAUUCGGCAUCCGUGGUGGCGGACACGGCGCCCACGAUCUCUCCAACGGCGUCGAGCGAGGCAUCACCAUCGACUUCGGAAACAUGAACGGCACCACGUGGAACCCGGACACCAGACUCGCAUCGAUCCAGCCCGGUGGCCACUGGCAGACCGUGUACGACGAACUGGCUCCCCACGGCGUCCUUGUCACGGGAGGUCGUGCCGGCACCGUCGGCACCGGUGGAUUUAUCAGCGGAGGAGGCAACUCGUUCCACUCUGCGUCGCAUGGCAUGGCUUGCGACACUGUCGCCAACUUCGAAGUCGUCCUUGCCGACGGCUCCAUCGUCAAUGCCAACGAGUCCAGCAACCCGGAUCUCUGGCAGGCGCUGAAGGGCGGCAGCGGAAACCUGGGCCUGAUCACGCGCUUCGACAUGUACCCGAUCGAGUACCCUGACCCCGCAAACCCAGUGGUCUGGGGCGGCAAUUUGUUCUAUGAUCUUGAGUCGGGACUUGCCGUAAUCGACGCCUUGGUAGACUUCACCGAUAACGUCUACAAGGACGAGAACAGCUCGUCGAUCGUGUACUGGGCGUACCUGCCGGCGAUCCUGGGUGGUACGAUCCUCAACGCGGCCAUCGAGAACACUCUUGCGACGGUCAAGCCCCCCGCAUUCGACGGCUACUACGCCGUGGACGGCAUCUAUGAUGAUACCACCAAGGUCGACACCCUGUCGACUGUCGCCAACGAGCUCGGAUCUGGUCAACCAUCGGGGUUCCGCAACGCCUGGUUCGCCGCUUCUUUCAAGAACGACGCCCGGCCGAUGAACUACGCCGUCGAGAAGUUCAACGAACUCAACGCCGCGCUCGAGAAGGUCGCGCCGUCGAACGAGACGGGUCUCAACACGCUCUGCAUGUUCCAGCCCAUCACCAAGUCUAUCGUCGACAAGGGCGUGGAGAACGGCGGCAACGUGCUGGGUCUCGACAGCUACAUCGAGGACGGCAACGGCAUCAUGUUCCUGGUGACGCUUGCCCUUAACGGAGCCGAGGCUGAGAAGCGUGCGGUGCCCCUAGUCGCCGCGUAUCUCGAGGACCUCGACGAAUACUCGGAAUCGCUAGGCCUGAAGUGGGACUGGAAGUACCUGAACUAUGCCCACAGGACCCAGGAAGUGAUUGCGUCGUUCGGCGAGGAGGCCGUGAAGAAGCUGCAGGCUGCGUCGGCCAAGUACGACCCCAACGGCGUUUUCCAGAAUCUGCGUGGUUCUGGUUUCAAGAUUCCGGAGUAAGGCGACGAGGAAGAGACUGGAGAAGCGCGCAAACGGGAUUUGUUGGCAGAUUUCGAGUGUUAUACAAGAAGGGUGAAGUAGAUGUUGAUGGACCGAGAGGUCUCGUCUCCUGGACAUAACGGGGCCGGAGCGCUACUGGCGCCUAAAAAUAAUAGACUUGUACUUGAUAAUCCGUACAAAUUAUGUGAUACGAGGGGUAUCAUGUCAUCCCCAUUCCCGCCCAUCCGUCUUUUGGUGACGACUAUGACUGCCCCGCGAC